AUGGAUUUAAACGAAGUGUUCCAGAACACCAGUUCAAAAAAAUCUCCCGCUUCAACCGUUGCGGUUGCUUUUGGAACUUUAGUCAGUGGUCUCGGUAUCGGUUUAACCGCUGUUAGUCUACCGUUUAUUUUUCCAUUUUUUCGAAGAGUUUGUUUGCCAUACGUGCCAGCAACGGAUAAACAAAUUUCAAAUGUAUUAGAAGCUCUCAGGGGUAGAUCUGGAACGUUAAUAGAUCUUGGAAGUGGCGAUGGAAGAAUCGUUUUUGCAACUGCUAAAAAAGGUUUUAAAUCAACCGGUUUGGAACUUAAUCCUUGGCUUGUUAUUUAUUCAAAAUUGACUGCUUACUAUUUGAAAUUAAACGGGAAAACAAAAUUUUUAAAAUGCGAUUUGUGGAAAUUUGACUUGAAACCAUAUAAUAAUGUUGUUAUAUUUGGAGUCGAUUCGAUGAUGGAAGAAUUGGAAGUGAAAUUCUUAAAAGAAUUAGAAAAAGACUCAUACAUAAUCGCAUGUAGAUUUCCAUUAAAUAACAUUAAACCGAUAAAAACUAUAGGACUAGGUAUAGAUACAGUAUGGGUCUAUGAAAUAAAAUAA